CGCCCAGGAAGGGCGGCCGCGCGGCGCCGCCAUGUCGGGAGCGGCGGGGCCGGGGCCGCCGGUGGGGCCGGGCCGCUCCCCGCUGCCCUGCGCACCCCGCCCCGCCGCCGCGCUACAGCUGAGCGGGGGCACCGAGCCCGCCCGGCCCGGGGUCGCUGUCAUCGACCUGCGCUUCCCCCGCGGCGCCGCCGCCGAUGUACAGGAGAUCGUCUUCAAGAACUUCUACACGGCGUUCCUGAGCGUGCGGGUGCAGCGGCCCGGCCCCGGCGGCUCCCGGCGCUGGGUGACCUGCCUGCGGGACAUGUGCCUCAUGCCCUGCCCGCACACCGAGCAGGGCGCGCAGGACUACUUCUCCCUCCACCGCAACCAGCAGAUGCUGUGUGACAUGGACCAGGUGACAGCAGUACGGUUCAUUCUGCGGCAGCCCUCCCCAGUCUGGCUCCAGUUCACCAUUGAGGAGCUGCAGAUUUUCCCCCCUGGACAGAAGAGCCCCCAGACGGAUUUCCCCUCCUGGCUCUCCCAGCUGACCCCUCCGGAGCAGCCAGCCAGCCUGCCUGGGGAGCUACCUGACCCGGAGAAGGUGUCAACAGAGGUCCAGCAAAUGUGGGUGCUGACAGAGGUGAUCCGCACUCGCCAGGCAGCUGCCCGCAUCGGGCGCUUCGACGUGGAUGGCUGCUAUGAUGUCAAUCUGCUUUCCUACACGUGAGCCCUGGCGGUGCUGGCCGGAGGGAGCUGCCUGCCCCGUGCCCAAGCGGACUCCAGUGCUCCCACAUCGGCCUUUGUCCCUGUGGCGCUGGGGGGGGGGGGGGGGGAGUUCUGGGCCCUCCCCGUGCCCUUCCCCAGCUCCUCCUGUGCUGUCUGCCCGCGGUGAGCAGCGCUGCCGCCCCAGAGGCCCCUGAGAGCCUCUCCCAGGCCGGUGCCCUCCAGCUCCCGUCGCUCUGCCGGUCCCCGCACCCUGCGUCUGCCCCAGGCAGCAGCCCCUGGCCCUGCCUGCGCGACAAAAGGCUCCCGCGGACAAGGGGGACCGAGGAGAUGCGGGCGGGGGUGCUUCCACCACCACUAAAAGCUGCUACGUUG